GCCCGAAGCUCCGACAGCAAAGACAGUUCGCCUCAGACCUCCAACGAAUCCGUUUGCCAAGCUGGAAUCAGCGCCAUGGAUAACUUCAAGUACGCGGUCGAGUUUGCCCACGAUGAGAAUCUGCUGAAGAGUCAUGGGAAUGUGUCCCACCUGUCGGAAUUCCUGGCCUUGCUCACCCUAAAGUCAUCCGGAGAACCCAAUGAAGACUUCCAUACUUUACACGAUAAACUACAGCAGCUCAAACGUGAGGCGGACCUACUAGACAAGAAUAUUAAUUCACCCGACUAUUACACCAAGAAGGAGGAAUUAAUCUUCAAGGUCGUGUGCGAAAUUAAGGGUAUUGACCAUGACGAGUGGCUUAGAGAUGAAAAGGGAUUCGUGGACGCCGUCUCACUUGGCAAUUUUCUAGAGGACGAAUUUAUCUGCGAUGGCGUUUGACAAAUCACCCCUUGACUUUAAGCAUAUAGAUCGAAGCUUUUGUUUAUUUUAAUAAACAUAUAUAUUUUGGAA